AACCGUUGGACAGCGUUAGGGCCUCUUGAGGCGCCGAAAAUGGACGGAUAGGCGACUAGCGCCACUCUGAUGGUGACUCCAACUCGUCAACAGUCGCGGCGCUUGCAUGCCGCCUCUUGGUGUGCAAUCUGCAGAUGGCAAACCCCAAAUCAUUACCUUAUUCACUCGUUGUCGAUCCCGCAAUAAUUCUGCGAGGCUGCUUUGCCUUUCCUUCAAUUCUUCCUUCAUCUUCUUCACCUUCAUUCUUCUUCCUCCUCCUCUUGUCAUCCCCAACAGCCUCAAUAACUCCCCAUCUUGAAACGGUUGUCCAAUCUCAAGACAGACUUCACAAUAUCCAAACCCCGCCUUAGGAUUGACUGAUUGUGCCACGUCGGUCUACGAUACUUGUCCCGUCGAUCUCAACCACCCGCAUACAGAAUGUCUGACAACGGUCAGCAAUCUCCUAAUGGCGCCGCUGAUACACCUACGGCUCCUCCCUCGACCGAACAUCUGAACAUCAAGGUUACAGAUGGCAAUAAUGAAGUUUUCUUUAAGAUCAAAAAGAGCACCAAGUUGGAGAAAUUGAUGAAGGCAUUCUGCGAAAGACAGGGAAAAGAUAUUAGAUCUGCAAGAUUUCUCUUUGAAGGUCAAAAGGUUCAACCCAUUGAUACACCCGAACAGUUGGAGAUGGCAGACGGCGAUUCGAUCGAAGUGCACCAAGAGCAGAUCGGAGGGUCAUUCUAAAUGACCUGGCCAGUCUUGCCUGAGCAGGCAUGGUGGUCAUGACAUGACAAGAGUCUGUUCACGGCUACGACACAACAAGGCUCACAAGGAUUCUAUUUGCACGCGUUGGAGCGAGGAAGAACAGGGCCUUUUGCAACAUGGCGUUUGGGGAGGAGUUUGUGCUCUUAGGAUAUCCGCAAAGAGAUGCAGGAGAUCCCCAGCCAGAAAUGUGCUGAUCGCAAGUUCUCAUCUUCUCAGGCAAGGCAUCUCUGGGAGGCGGUGGAAGGCACUGUUUUCACCGAAGUCACUGAGCAAAAUUUGUCUGCAGAUCAGGGCGGUGGACAGGUGUGGCUUGACCUGAGGCCUGAGUGCACAUGGUUCCUUGGUACAGCCUAGUGUAGAAACAUUUACCGAAUUCCUUCCGUUCCGUG